AUGUCAGGUCCUUACCCAGAGUUUGGUUUCCUGGGGAUGAAGCCAAAUAAAAGCCAAGUCUCCUUCGCCCACAGAAGCAAGGGUGGCAGCAGAAGGUGUCCAGCCAGCGUCUCUGGGAUCGACCACCUCCCCAAACCAGUAAGGUUGCGCAACGGCUGCACCACAACACAGAAGAUGUUCAAGCUUUGUGUGCUGAGCACCCUCCUUUGCCUCCUUGUCUCCUCGCAAGGGUCCACCCCAGGGACUGUAGUGAGGGUCAACCAAGAAGCCCUCGAGUAUGUCUGCCAGCAAGGGAAGCCAUCCUUGCUGCGAGGUCUCAUGGUCAUACAGAUUCCGAAUUUCAUGAGCCCACGAACCAUUAUCGGAUCACUUCUGAAAGUUGUGGGAAUCCGAGUUUUGAACGCUCAACUCCCUCAUCUCUCCGUGAAGCUGAUCCCAAGGACUGGCGUCCAGCUGUCCCUCAGUGCCCAGCUCCACAUCCGGGGCAGCAUCUUGAUUGCUCCGGUGGAGCUGAGGGUGGGAUCCUCCAUCCUGCUCGAUGUCCGUGUCACGAGAAGCCCUCAUGGAUUCCCCAUCCUGAGCGUCACGGCCUGCAAGUCCCUUCUGGGAGACGUGGACAUCAUCCUGGGAGGUAGCAAUUUGCUGGGCUUCAUGAAACCCCUUCAGAACCACAUCCGUGCUGUCUUGGUUGACAAGAUGUGCCUGAGCCUCUCCAGCGUGGUCCUGGGAUUGAAUGCCAGGCUGGGCACUAUGGUUGGCCUGAAUUCCAUCAACCCCAUGUCAAGCCUCCAGUACGCCAUGAUGGAAGAUCCUGAGAUCACCGAAGAUUACAUCGAUUUGGAUUUAAACGCUGUCAUUGCGCUGAUGGGCAAGCCCCUCGACUUCGAACCUGCCGGCCCUCUGCUCCCUUUCUCUCUGCCGCCCCCGGAGACGGUUUCCGACGACUCCAUGGUGAACAUGGGCCUCUCGGAGCAUCUCUUUGCCAGCCUUUUCGCCAGCCUGGAACAAUCGGGAGCCCUGAACCUCCAAAUUGGAGGCCAGUCGAGUCACCUCACCACCGCCAUGCUGGAGCCGGCCAUCCCCUCGAUCUCAAAGCGUUACCCCCAGGCUGUUGCCUUGAUGCUCAACGUGGUAGUCAGCAAGCUCCCCAUCAUCAGCUUCCAUGAGGGCGCAGCGAUCCUGCGCCUCAGUCCCGCCAUCCAGGUGGGCGUGGCUGAAUCCGGAGCUUACCAACAGUCGCAGACACUCUUCACCCUGGGCGUGGUGAGUAAAAGCACCAAGCAUUUGUUUCUUUGUUCUCCUGUCUUGGCGACUUGCAGCUCUCAGGGAGAUGAUGUCUCGCUCAGCACGAAGGCUGGAUGUCGAAGCUCUUGCUGGGCACCAGCCGUUGUGCUGGGCUCCAUCUGA